CACCCAGUUUAGCGGGAAGCGGGGCUCGAGUACACAGUGUUAGUCAUACUGUCGGGCUGAAAGAAACACGAUUUUACCGAUGAAGAACUUCCACAUUUACAAUUCUAACAAGAAGCAACGCCGGGAAGGCUGAAAACAAGGAAGCUUUCAAAAUCCUGGGACCGAGACUGAGGAGCAAUAUGGCCAGCCUUGUGUCACGGUUACUCCUCUUUGUGAUCGCAGUUCAGAGCUUUCAGCAUGAGGGAAACAAAACCAGUUCUUUGACUGGCACUUCGACUGGUCUGAUACCAAAAACCUUUGGAGGAAGGAGGAGCAGACCUAAAAACACCCCCAUGCCAGCAAAGCUACAUCCCAGCACAGUCCCCUGGCUUGACGUGGACCCAAGUGCUCCCGUGACAGCCUAUGCCACAGGGCCCCUCAGUACCUGGGUCAUACCUUCAUCCUACAUCCUGGCCAUGCUGGUGGGGAUCCCCUCCAACGCCUACAUUCUGAGCUUUCUCAGAGUCAGACUCAGAGCAAAGCCGUCAUACAAAGUCAUUCUUUACCUGAACCUGGCAUUGUCCGACCUGCUGCUCCUGCUUUCCCUAGCGCUGCGGGUUCACUACCACUUCAAUGGAAACAACUGGAUAUUUGGGGAAGCCCCCUGCAGACUCGUCACAGCCUUGUUUUAUGGCAAUGUUUACUGCUCAGCUCAGACUAUAGCUUGCAUCAGUCUGAGGCGCUACAUGGCUGUGGUCAGACCAUUUCUCUACAGACGACUGGCUAAGACUAGGCUGACAGCGUGGACAUGCAUAGUUUUAUGGAUUCUGUUUGGAAUGGUUGUUUUGCCUGAGCUCCUGGUCAGACAGAGCUACCAGAUUAACCAGCUGGGAGUCACCACCUGCCAUGACGUGCAGCCUGUAACGGAUCAUUCCCUUUUCCUGGGGCCCUACAGGCUGAUGAUGACUUGUUUAGGAUUCAUAGUCCCUUUCCUCAUUUGCAUCUAUACCCAUGCGUCAGUGGUGUACCACCUGAGUCAGUCUGGGUGUGACUGGAAGCCUUUUAUAAAGGUUAGCACCGUAGUCUUUGUCAUCUUUGUGGUGUGCUUCUUGCCCAGCGGUAUCCUGCACAUCAUACACUACAUCCGUCUGUUUACCAGUGGCGACGACAAACUGUAUGGAGACUACAGAGUUGCCGUUUGCCUCUGCUGUUUCCACAGUUGUCUAGAUCCUUUCUGUGUGCUCAUUUCCAAGAUGGCGGCUUCCGAACUACAGUUCAUUUCAUUUCGUGGGAUAUCUCAGCCACCAGCAGCUAAGACAGCAGCUAAGACAUGAGACUCUAUUUACAGAGCACCGGACUCAGCUAUUGUUGAUACCCAGCAGGGAACACGCCAAACAACAACAAUGUCAACCUCAAGACAGGACAUGGAGCCUACCGUAAAAACAAUGCAGCCUUUAUAGAUUCCACAAAAACAUGGCACCCUUUGCGACUGCGACAUAAUAAUGGAAUAAGGCCUGUAAAAUGUCAAAAUGUCUGUUUGCAAAAUAUAACAUGUAUAUAAAUACAUGUAAUAUUAGUUUAGGAAUGAGACACUGCUCGGCAUCUCCAGAAAACACUGAGGAAGAUGAAGUCAUGUUGUGCAAUAUCACUGCUGUACACUGCAGUUAAGGUAUUGGAAGGUAACUCACAUUGUCUAUAUAAAACCUCAUCACAUCUAUCUAAAUACGCGUCGACUCACCUGGCAG